AUGAUGAUGAAAGCUUUUAUAUGGAAUAUAAGGUCUGUUAGAACUCAACAAGCUUUCCACAGGCUUCAAAUGUUGCAUAGACAUCAUAAAUUCACUUUCAUAGCUCUGAUGGAACCUUUCCAACAGGCUAGGAAUGUUGAAAUCUAUAAGAGGAAAAUUGGAAUGAAUAUUGCUGGUGCAAAUAGUAAAGGCAAAAUUUGGUAUUUUAUAGAGGCUAAUGUAGAUGUGCAAGUUUUGUCAGAUACAACUCAGCAAAUCUCUUUAAAAAUAGUGCUUCUUGAUCAGAACAAAUCUUUGGUUAUUACUUUAGUUUAUGUUAAAUGUAAUGAAUCAAAGAGGUUGCAAUUAUGGGAUGAUAUUUAUCAGGUGGCAGACUCAAUCAAUCUCCCAUGGUUGGUUGGAGGGGAUUUUAAUGUGGUUUUACAUGAAGAUGAGAAGAUAGGUGUGAUUCCAAUCCAACCUCAAGACUAUGAAGAUUUUGCUUUUUGUGUAAAUUCCUGUGAAUUGAUGGAGACCAGUUUCAAAGGCAGUCAUUUUACUUGGUGGAAUGGUAGACGAGGCUCAAACUGCAUCUUUGAGAGGUUCGAUAGAGUUUUCAUUAAUCAGCAAUUUCAGCAGUGGUUUGCACAAAUAGAAGUUGAACAUCUCACAAGGACAGGUUUCUUGAGCAUAGUUAGGGAUAAUUGGUCAAGUAAUUUGGAUCGCAAUCCUUUUAUGUUGUUUAAACAGAAGUUGAAGCACACAAAGAAGAUUUUGUCAGCAUGGAGCAAAGAAGUUUAUGGAGAAAUUUUCAAGCAGCUGAUUAUUAGAGAAGAAAUUGUGAGGAUCAAAGAAGAAUUAUUUGAAGAGGAUCCUUCUCCUUUGAACAUAAUGGUGCUACAACAAGCUCUGGCUGAACUAAAGAAGUAUUUGCAUUUUGAAGAAGAAUUCUGGAGACAGAAGGCUAAUGAAGAUAAUGAACUAUUAGUUGCUGCUCCUAAUGCAGAUGAAGUCAAACAAGCAGUUUUUGCUUUGAAUGGGGAUAAUGUGCUUAAUGUGGUUAAAGACUUUUAUAAAGGUCACACUCUUCCAAAAUCAAUCACUCAUACAAAUUUGGUUUUGUUGCCAAAGAAGCAAGAUGUUCAGACUUAUGCAAACAUGAGGCCAAUCAACUUGAGUAACUUCAUUAAUAAAGUUAUAUUAAGAGUGGUUCAUGGUAGACUGGAAGGCAUUUUGCCAAGGCUUGUUUCACCAAAUCAAUCUAGUUUUGUGAAGGGGAGAAGCAUUAUUGAAAAUGUUCUUUUAACUCAGGAAAUAGUCACAGACAUAAAAAAGAGAGGAAAACCAGCAAAUGUAAUCAUCAAGUUGGAUAUGGCAAAGGCCUAUGAUAGGGUGUCUUGGUUGUUUUUUAUCAUAAUUCUUAAAAAGAUGGGUUUUUUAAGCUUUUGUGGAUAG